AUGACCGCAGCCGGACCGUCCAGCAGCACGCAUGUUGCACAGGAACGAACCGAUAAUGAUGGAAGCACAGCCAUGCAAGGAGCACCACUCCUGCCUCAUUCAGUCACCAAGGACAAGAAUGGUGCGGUUUUCCAGCAGCAACAGGCGCCAGUACCGUUUGGAUAUGGCACUGGCACAUACCAACCUUUGCCUCUGCGGAUUCCUGGUUCGGAAAUUGCCUACAGCAAGAAAUGGCACGUUGUGAAAUUGGCUUUCCAAACCGCAUCUCUUGUGUGCUCUGCCGUCAUUUUUGGAAUUGGCCUGGCACUGGGCGUCUAUGGUGAGCAAUCGGAGGAUUACCGCUGGUGGGAAAUAGACCCCGUUUUUGCCAUUGAUGCCUCGGCAGCUGGACUGGCAAUUUUAUGGACCGUGGCUGAGUUCCUAGUAUUGUAUGCCUCCAAAGGACGUCGAGGCAUUCAUCCCGGAGCUCAUGUCGGUGUUCAACUGAUCAUUGUCCUUGUGGCUUCCUUGGGGGUCAGCAUUGGUGGCGUCUUCGUCUACGAAUUCACGAGAGACUACUACGAUGAACCUGUUAUACCCAACCUCCUAACAGGCCUCAUGCGAACCCUGCUUGCGUUCUCUAGCAUUCUUUGGAUCAUCCACUUCUUCCUCUUCGUUCGAGCCUGUGUUGAAACACACACCGUCAAUGCGACAAACAAGUCCCGAAGAAUCACCUAUGUCCGAGUUCCAGUACCCGUACCAAUGCAGAUGGGUCAAAUACCUCACAAUAUGGUAGCUGGACAACAUUCGAUUCCUGACCAGCAAAACAUGAUGUAUGGCGGUUAUUAUGCACCUAUUGCGCAACAACCUUCAACAGUCCCGCAGGGCUCUCAACAGCAACCUGCUGUGCCUCUGCAGGGCUACCAAGCGUCAACUUUAUGAGACACUUGUCUACCUCUACGCCCCCACUUGACGACUUGAACUAAGGUUUAAUACACCAUUGUGUUCACGACGCGGCUGACGCUCCCAGGUGGUCUAGCCAAUAUUCAGUGAGCUGAUAGACGGUUCUCAAAACUCAAGGAGACGCUUGAGUGAGGGUAUAUCUUACCUCUCAUAAUACGAAUGACUUCCAAUUUGAUGAAAUAUUCAUUGUUUGGAGACAUUCGAGACGGCACAGUAUCGCUCAAAGGACGCUGGGGCGCGUCGGAUGGACAUUGGAGUCCCUAUUGAAACUGAAAUAUGUGGCCUACUAUGGGUCACGAAGCAUUUAGGGGAUGAAAUAAUGUUUUACAACACGAAUAAAAUAAUGUAGUAAUGUUGCCUUUCACAAC